AGCAGUCAAAAUAUAACAUUAUUUGAUAUAUUAAAAGCAAAAAUGAUCUUAAAUUUCUUGUUUUUGAUCUUAUUGAUACAAAUGGGUGAAUUUGAUAAAAUCCCGUAUGGAAAAUUAGUAACUCCCAGCAUAGAUGAAUUGAAUAGUACUGAACCAACACCGGUACAAAUAAACAUGACAUUUCGACCAGAACCUCGGAUCAUCGGGGGAAAACCAACCCACAUCAAACAUUAUCCUUAUAUGGUAAAUAUUCUGAUGAGGGGAAAUCAUUGGUGUGGUGGAUCUUAUAUUGCGCCUCUUUGGGUUUUAACAGCUGCUCAUUGCUUAUUGAACCCAAGAACUAAUACUCCAUCACAUCAUAGAGUAUUCAAACUACGAAUGGGAGUCUCAAAACUAAACGAUCUAACCGCACAAGAACGAAAUGCAAUGGUUGUAAUCCCACACCCCUUAUUCAACUUUUAUAACAACUCCUGCGAUAUAGGUUUAAUAGCGAUCAAUAUGCCGUUUGAAUUAGGCCCUACAAUAAAAUUCGCAACAUUUCCAAUCCAUUUUGAUACAUACGAAGAUAAAGAUUGUACAGUAAUUGGUUGGGGUAUUACAAAAUCAAAUGAAAACAAGUUUUCUAAUGACUUGUUAAGUGUAACCGUUCCUGUUGUUUCCGAAGUAACAUGUGGGGCUAUUUACAUUCAACCUAAAUAUCGUGGGUUAUUCCGCAAUCAUAGAACUAUUUGUGCUGGAUAUGUUAACGGAGGAAGAGAUGCUUGUCAGGGCGACUCCGGGGGACCAUUAAUCCUGUCUGGUGUACAAAUUGGAGUUGUUUCAUGGGGAAUUGGAUGUGGGAAUGAAAUACCGGGAGUUUACACCAACGUUUUUUAUUAUAAACCAUGGAUUUACAACACUUUACAAGGGAAUUAUUUAUCUCUACGAAGUAAAGCUGAUGAUAAUAUGCGAUAUAAAACUCCAUUCGUGUUAUGUUUAUUGUUACUAAUCGUUUUCAUACAUAAUUAAUCAUUUAAAAAGUUAUUGAAGUGGAAAUGUUAAUUGAUUUGAGAUAAAUAGAAUGUCAUUAUUAAAUUUAA